AUUUGUAUCCAAUAAAUCGAUAUUCUCUGCUAUAUAUAAAAACCCCAGCUCCGUUCCCACUCUCCUUAACCUCAAAGAAACGAAAGCAACUCAACCCCCCCACUGAGGGAAAAACUGAAACAAGCAAAGUCAGCAAAGCUUCAAGCUAUGGAGUGGAUCCGAGGCGAGGAGAUCGGCCGUGGAGGCUUCGCUUGGAUCAAUCUCGCGAUACCCAAUAAGAAUCUUGCCGGCCUUCCGCCACUGAUCGCUGUCAAGUCCUGUGAUCUCUCCCACUCGGCGACUCUAGGGAACGAACUUGAGGUGCUGCAGAGUCUCGGAGAGUGCCCGCACGUGAUCCGGUGUUUCGGCGCUGGUCAGACAAUCGAGGGUGGAUCGGAGCUCUUCAACUUGCUGCUCGAGUACGCCCCCGGGGGCAGCCUAGCCAAUGAGAUGAGGAAACGCGGGGGGAAGCUGACAGAGCCGGAGGUCCGCCGCCACGCUCGAUCAGUCCUGGAGGCCCUGAGGCAUAUUCACUCUCACGGGAUCGUUCACGGCGAUAUAAAGGUCCAGAACAUUCUCGUUUUCCCGCCAGUUGACCGCUGCGGGUGUCCGGAGGUCAAGGUCGCCGACUUCGGGCUCGCAAGGGAAGCAGGGUGCACAAUAAGGCCGCACAAGGGCGAAGAUGAAGACGAAGACGAAGACGAAGACAAGGAUGGAGAAGAGCACAGAGGCUUCGAGUGGAGGGGGACGCCGCUCUACAUGUCCCCCGAAGCGGUGAACGACAAUGAGUACGAGGCUCCAUCGGACGUGUGGGCCCUCGGGUGUGCAGUCGUCGAGAUGGCCACGGGACGGCCCGCUUGGUCCCACCCAGAUGGCGCGAACGUGUACAGCCUGAUGAUCCGGAUCGGGCUGGGGGACGAGACACCGAUCAUCCCUCAUGAUCUUUCGGAAGAAGGCAAGGAUUUCUUACGCAAGUGCUUCGUGAGGGACCCGACGAAGAGGUGGACGGCCGAGAUGCUCCUGAACCACCCCUUCGUUGCCUGCAAGAAAGACUGUCAGUUCGUUUCGCCGCCUCACUCUCCGUCUCCGAGGACUCACUUCGAUUUCACGGAUUGGAAUUCUUCGAUACAGUCAUCGACAAUUUCAACACAAUCAAGUCUAGUCACCUCUCCGCGGGAAUUUUGGCAAGGAAAGAGCGAAUUCGGGUCCUUCAAUAAUUACGAUCAUCACGGUUCCGAUUCUCCGAUCGAGAGGAUUCACAAUUUGGCAUGCGACACGAGGCCUGAUUUCGAAGACUCAGAGAGCCUCUGGAUUACUGUGAGAUAAGCCAAUCAGUAACCGAAGGUCGUUUCCGAGGCAGUGGCAGAGUAGCGGGGCAGAGUAGAACAGAGACAAGAACAACAGCAACAAACGACCGAGGAUGAGAUUUUUUUUUUUUUUUUAAUGAUAGAUCCAACGGCUGCAAUUCAAUUGAUUCUUUUGCAUAUAUCAUUUAGAAGAUGUAAAUACUCGAAUUGAGGCGAUGAAUGAAAUCGAUGAGAUAUUUCAGUCAAA